AUGACGGUAGCCGAGCGCAAACUUGAACUCACUCGCGCCCGGCUUGCGGUCGUCUCUUCUCUUGCUUCCCUCUUCCAGCAACAAACCACAGUUCUAGCUCAGUUACUUCGCGUCCUAGAAGCAAAGCAUGGCCCGAUAGCGCGUAGUCUCGAGUUCCGUGCGACCGAGGCGGCACUGGCGGCGCAGCGCCAACAAGCAGAGGCAGAGAUAGCACUGGGGAUGGCCAGGCGCGACACCUACACACCAGAGACGGCGCAGGCUCUAGCAAAUUAUGCGGCACAUCUGCGUGAUGCAAAAUCGAGAUUGUCAGAGAGCAUUCGUGCUCUGCUGGUUCAGCUUGAAGAGUUUGGAGUUGUGAUUGAUGAUGAAGGCGAUGAAGGGAGGACAGACAAACAUGCAGAAGGUAUCGAAGAAACAACAACUGCCCUCGGCGGUAACAAAUAA